AUGAUAAUUCUCGUUAUUUUAAUAUCUGUAACUCGUCAAACUAUCAUUUAUGAGUAUAAUGCUAAUUCUUUAACAACGGAUGGUAGUAUCUUUAUAUUUAUAUUAGGAUGGGUAGGUAGUCUUGAUUUCAAUGAUUUUGGAGGGAUUCAAUUUUUUGGGUCUCCUAAUGCUUAUAGUUAGAUUAGCAGAAUCUUUGUGAAAUUAGAAACUCAUUCUCAUAUUAUAGUGGAUGCACAAUAUCUAAGGUAUUUAUUACAAAAGUAUUGAUAGUGAUAAUCCAUUUUUAUUCUAUAUAGACUAGUAAAUAUAAAAUAAUGGGUAAAUGAUAUUAUCUUAAAAUACGAUAUGGGAUGGUGCAUAAUCUAAAGAUUUGUAUACUAUUUCUAUUACUAAUUAACAUAAUAGAGGAACUCUUUGGAUUAAUAUUUAAGAGUAACCUGGAGGAUUAAUAUCAUUAAAGUUAAGUAUCAUUAAAUGUUAGUAUGAAUGUGCUGGAUGCAUUGAAAAUUAUGAUACAAUUUGUUUAUAAUGGAAACUACAUUAAUAUUCAUUUAAUUAGAAAUAGUUCACGUACUCCGAUGGAUGGACUUUUUAAUCAAGUUCUAUUACAUCUUACUAGUAUUGUGGAAAUUGUUAAUUUUUGCGCUUUUAUUAAAUUAAAUACUAAACUUAUCUACCUCCUCAUUAAGAUAUAUUAAUAAGGUUUUUUAAAUUAGAUCCAUUUAUAAUGAUAGUAGACUAUAUAUAUGAUAAAUUAACUAUUAAUGCUGAAUAUUUAAUAGAAAUAUUAAUAAGAAAUCAUCGUGAUCCGAUAUUAUAACUGAAUAUUUAUUCUGCAUUUUAUAAUGAUAUAAGAGAUUUUGAACUAUUUUAUACUGAACCAGAAAUAACAUUUAUGAAUUUGAAUGAAGGUUGUUUAGAAUAAAUAAAUGAUAAAUGUUUAAUUUGUUAAGAAGGUUGGAUUUAAGAUGAAAUUCUACAAAAUUGUCAUCCAAUUUGUGGAGAUGGAAUCAUUCAAGGUUAUGAAUAAUGUGAUUAUCUAAUAUCUAAUCAUUCUUGUAUUCAAUGCAAAUAUUCUUGUGUUCAAAAUUGUUAAAUUUGUUAAUUUGGAAUUUGUUUAUAAUGCAUAGAUGGAUUUGAAUUGUCUUUAAAGAUUUAAAAUUGCAAAUCUAUUUAUAAUGAUAUCCAAUUUGGCGGAUAUUAUAAUUGUUAAUCAAAUUAAGACUUAAAUUGUUAACUUUGCAGAGAUUAAACAUGCUAAUUUUGUAAAAUUGGAUGGGAACUUAAAGAGAAUAAAUGUGAAUAAGUUUGUGGAGAUGGAUUAAUUGCCCUGAAUUCAAUUGAACAAUGUGAUGAUUCAAAUUCGAUUUAAAAUGAUGGAUGUUUUGAGUGCUAAUUUGAAUGUGUGCCAAAUUGUUUAUCAUGUAUGGAUAACUAAGUUUGUUUGAUAUGUUAAGACUACUUUUAAUUUGAAGGAUAAUUGUGCUAACCAAUAUGUGGAGAUGGCAUUAUUAUUUCUGGAUUUGAGGAUUGCGAUGACGGAAAUAUUGAACCUUAUGAUGGUUGUUAUUAAUGUUAAUAUUAAUGUUCAUAAGGCUGUCUUGAUUGUGAAUAUAGAUAAGCUUGUAAAAAAUGUGAUAGUUAAUACAUCUUAAAUAAUGAUACUGCUGAAUGCUAAAAGAUCAUAUCAUUAGAUGAUGAAGAUUAGAAUAAAGAUGAAAAUGAGAAUAUCAUUUGCAGCAAAAAUUCUAUAUUAAUUGAUAAUGAAUGUGUUAAUUAAUGUGGAAAUGGAAUUCUUAAUUAAAAAUAUGAAUAAUGUGACGAUGGAAAUUUAAUUGGAGGAGAUGGGUGCUCAUUUUUAUGUUUAGAAGAAGAUUCCUAUUAAUGCUAAAAUCAUGAAAGCAGCGUGAGCAUUUGUUCUUACAUUCAACCUCCUGACUUUAUUUUAUAUCGUCUCUCCAGCUAAACAAAUCAGACUUAAGUAAUUGAAUUAAGAUUCACAUAGAAAGUCAAAUUACUAGCUGAUUUAAACUUUGAAGAUUUUGCAGUCGUUUUUCUUAUUAAUAAAACCAAUUCAGUAAUUAGUAUCAAGCCUGUUGUAAAACUAUCAACAACAUUAGAUUACCCAAUAUAUUAAAUUAUUGUUUAUUUUAGAGAACUUGUAAAGGAUCCAGUUCUUUAGAUUAAUCUAGCUUAAAUAACUAUUAAAGAUGAAUAUGAUUUAGAUUUAAAGAGAAAUGAGAUGCAAAUAAGUCUUGGCAACCCAUUUGUGUUAUCUGAGAGCACCCAAAAAAAAGUGGCAUAAAUUAUACUUCUUAAUGAUGGAAUGAUUUAUUCCAU